AUGGCGGCGUUCUUGUUUCAUAUUGGAACAUGGUCGCCAUCUAUUGGCCUGAACAUCACCGAGGAGGAAGAAGAUGAAGAUGACGAGGAUGAUGAAGUACUACGUGUUCUAUCUGUUCCUGUGAGUCCAUUUAUGAUGGUGAACGAAGUGGACGGCAAGCGCGUCUACAGUGGCUUCUGCGUCGACCUGCUUGACAAGUUGUCGCAGGAACUGAACUUCAAGUACGAGCUUCACGUUAUGAUGGACGGUGCGCGCGGUGCACCAAACGAUACGGGACACUGGAGCGGAAUGAUCGGAGACGUAAUAGCUGGCAAAGCCGACGUGGCACUGGCCGACCUGACCAUCACCGAGAUGCGUGAGCGGGUGAUCGACUUCACGCUGCCCUACAUGACGGCUGGUCUGGUGGCAGUCACCAAGAAAGGACAACCCAGGAGUCCCGGGGGCAUUUGGCAUUCUUCCUGCCCCUCACUCGAGAGGAAAGUGUGGAUUUACAUUCUCCUGGCCACGGCGUGCACCGUAUUCGUGAUGUACAUCAGCGCGCGCCUCAGCUUCCGCGAGUGGAUGCUGGUGGACGACGGAAAGGGCGGCGAGUGCAUGGAAAACCGCUUCAACCUCUUCAACUGCUUUCUCUUCGUGCUCACAACACUACUCCAUCAACGAGUGAGCCUCGACCCCAGAGCCCCAGCUACUCGCGUGUUGGCUGGCUUCUGGUACUUCUUCACUUUCAUCGUGCUCGCCAUUGUGGUGAGCAACCUGUGCGAGAGCAUCCUCUGGCAGGACAGAGGACCCGACUACGACUCUGUCGACCAGCUUAUGAAGACGCCCGGGUUCACGUACAUCGCCAUACGAGGUGGAAGCACUCGCGCUUACCUUGAGCACUCCAACGUGCCCCUGCAUCAAAGGAUGUCACAGUUCGUCGAACGUAGCGGACGCAACAACCCGGGAACCUUCGCGGAGGGCCUCGACCGCGUCAAGAACGAAGACAAAGUGGCAUUCAUCAUGGAGUACGCAACCGCCGCUCACGUCACGCAGAGUGACUGCGAGUUCAGCAUGACCGACACCUUUGUUCACCACUCGGCCUACGGCAUCGUUACCGCCAGAG